AUGUCGUCUUUUUCUCUUCUCCGUCUGCCUAGCAAUGAGCUAUCGAAAGUACUACGUCACAUGGAUCCUAUUGCGCAAUUUGGACUCUCAUUGUUGUCUGAGAACUCCAAAAAGCUCAUCAGCGCUCUUAAAAUUUUCGAUAGAAAAAUAUAUAUUGAAGUACAAAAUCAUGUACAUGUAAUACUCGAUACGCACAAUUGCUCAUUUGGUUUCAAUUGUGGAACAACUGAUCGUAAUGUGGGAAUCGAAAUUGAAUUGUUCAGAGGCAUCGAGAAAUUUGAGGCUAGCUAG